AUGGAGGAGUGCGUGGGAGACGCGCCGCCACGUGUUCACGCUGUGAGUCUGUGUCGGUGUCUCUGUGCGUGUCUUUGUCUCACGCAGCUGGUGGGCCUGGAUACAGACUUUGAACUGCAGAGAUUUUCGGACGAGGUGGAUUUAUACGGCAGCGUGAGCGACCCCCCCGUGACGUCACUGUCGGGGGUGGGGGUGGAGGGCCCCCUGUACCCGGGGGUCUCGGCCUUCCUGGGGGAGCCCGCCUGGGGCCUGGCCCCCCACCCCCACUCCUCCUCCUACAGCUGCGGCGCCCCCUCGUGGACAGCGCUCGCCAGCCCGCACCCACUCACACAGCUGCACGGAGCGCUGCAGGACGGCCUCGAUCCCACGCUGGGCCUCCACCUGGGAGCCUUCCACUCGUUCGAGGCGUCGCUGCUCCAGGAGCAGAUCGUCUUCCCGGCCACCGCGACCUCUUCCUCGUCGACGUCGUCGUCGUCGGCGUCGCCGGUGGCGUCGUCGUCGUCGUUAGCGGAGCGUGCGAGCCCGGGGCUCACGCCGCCCCGCCAGCAACACUACCACCACCAGCAACACCACCAACACCAACACCACCAACAACAACAUCACAGCCAUGAGCACCCCGACACAACACCGCCGCCCACGUUAACGCCACCGCCGCCGCUACCCCACCACCACCACCAACAACACCACCAACAUCAACAGCAGCAUCAUCAUCACCACCACCAUCAACGGCACACGCCACAACCGCACCCCGGCCCCGCCGAGCAAUUCGGAAGCAUCAUCGCCGCGACCGUCACAGCCACCAGCUCGCCACCGCCGCAACCGCCGCAACCCCUGCAACCGCUGCAACCGCUGCAACCGCUGCAACCGGCGCAACCGGCGCCCUUCUACUACCACCACCACCACCACCACGAUGAGGACGACCGCCCCGGCUCGCCGUGCACCUCGUCCGGACGCCGAAGCCCCGGGCACGGCGGCUCCCCGGGGCCGCUGGACGCUGGUCCUCCCCCGGCGUCCCCGACCCCGUACGCCACAGUGUGCUACUACCCGCAGCGGCUGCUGCCCCCCGGCUCACAGCAGCUGCAGCAGCAGCAGCUGCAGCAGCAGCAGCUGUCCGACUCUCAGCUGCGCGGCAUCAACGGCGCUGAAGCGUCACAGCGGCACGCGGGUCGAGAGCCGCGUGCCCCGCGUCGCCCCCGUCUCUACGAGUUCCUGCUGGAGGCGCUGUCCGACCCCGCCAUGCGCCACGCCGUGCGCUGGGUGAGCAUCCACGAGGGAGUGUUCGCCUUCUCGUCGCGGCACAAGGAGGAGUUGGCGCAGGCGUGGGGUCAACGCAAGGGCAACCGCAAGGCGAUGACCUACCAGAAGAUGGCGCGCGCGCUACGCAACUACAGCAAGACGGGGCGCGUGCGGAAGGUCAAGCGGAAACUCACCUACCAGUUCGGGCCCGAGGCGCUCUGCUAAAGUUGGGGGGCAGCGCUGCCCCCCACCCCCAACAACUGGGAAGGAUGGGGGGUCGGGCGGGCAAGUGGUUUUUGUGGUAGGAAGGGCAGCGGUGGGUUGGUGAGCGGGCAGGAGGGUGAG